AUGAAAAAAGAAUCUCUGGUCGGAUGUAAAACCGAUCAGAAUUUGGCGAUGGAAUGUUCAGCAAAUAACAGUGUUGAAAAUUUGGACGCUGAAGAAGUAAUGAGAGCUUUUGGUAAAUAUGGAAAAUAUCAGGCAAGCUUUUUAAAAAUGAUUGCACACUUUUUGAUUAAUCUUACCGCUUUUUUCCACUCUGCAGAAGUUCUCGUCAUGAGCUUUAUUGCUGUAGCUCCGGACUUUGCCUGUCAUAUUGAACAGUCAAGCGUAUCAGUGGAGUCGAAAUACAUUGAACUCAAUAAGUGUACUAUGGUCGAUCAAAACAACCAAAGUUAUGCUUGCAAAGAUAUACCAAAUGCAACUUACAGCUUCAACGAGUCGACUCGAUACUCGACAUUAAAUUCAGAAUUUGACCUGGUUUGUCGCGACGAGCAUUGGGCUCAGCAUGCGUCGUCAAUCUACAUGUUUGGUGGCAUGAUAGUGACGCCAUUCCUAACUCAACUUUCUGACCUCUACGGUCGUAAGUAUACCUUUCUUGUUCCACUAUGGCUCUCUGUUGCUGCAAAUCUCGCGUGUGCCGUAGCACCAACUUACGGUCUUUUCCUAUUCUUUCGUCUUCUAGCAGGUACCGGUAUGACGGGUUCCGCUACAAUUGGUUGGGUGUUAUGUUGUGAAUCUGUCGCAAUCGGGUUCAGAUCUCUGAUACCUUUCGUUGUCACGUUUACGUGGGUACUCGGCAUAAUGAUGGUUGGGGUUUUGCGAAUGUGGUUCAAGAGUUGGAGAUUAUUGUAUUUUGCGAUUUCAAUUCCUGGGUUGAUUACUAUAUUUUAUUACUGGUGGAUUCCCGAGUCACUUCACUGGAUGGUCAACCAAAAGAAGCAUGCACAAAUUCAAAAGUACAUUAAAAAAGCAUCAAAAAUUAACAAUGUUCAAAUAUCGUUGGCAAAUUGUAAAGCGAAUGCGAACGGAAGUACUGAAAAAACUACGCGUACCCUCCUUGACAUGAUUCGAAAUAAACAAAUCUUAUACCAUUUAACGGUUCACUGUUUUCUCACAUUCAAUCAAGUUUCGAGUCGCUUGUACUUCAGGAUUGUAAUGAAUAUUGCUUACUGGGGUUUAGCUUUAUUGAGCACACAACUCAGUGAGGACAGUUACACGGGCUACUUUCUAUCAGGGUUUUGCGAAAUACCAGCUGGUCUUCUAGCAGUAGCUUUAAUGGUCAAAUUUGGAAGAAGAACCAUAACUUUUUGGUCACUAUUUUUACAAGGAGCGUCUAUGGGACUGGCAAUCUUAUAUCCUGGCCCUGGAAAAAUUGAGAUGAUCUUCCCGAUUGCAGCAAAGCUUUUUAACAGCAUAACAUGGGCUUCGCAACCAAUACUUCUCGCUGAAAUGUCACCCACAUCCAUUCGAAAUACAUUUUAUGGUGUCGUUCAAUUCUUUGGGGAAUCAGGAUCUGUUCUGGCUCCUUAUCUUGGGCUGCUAGCGGAAAUUAAUCCGGUAGCACCACAAACUGCAAUAGCAGUUUUGUCAGUUAUUUCCGCUAUUCUGUCUCUAACGAGUCCUGAAACCAAAGAUAAGCCGAUGCCUGAAGAUUUUGACCAGUUUGAUCCGGGCUUUUUGUUCAGCCAUAAGAAAAAGCAGAGAGCCGUCAAAGAUGCAAGAUCGGAGACAAAAUUACAGAAGGAAAAAGAAGUAAGCAAUUUACAGUAA